UCACUCUGCCGCUCCCAGGUUCUUCUCGGCCGUGCCCCUUGGUCCUGGUGGCAGCGGUGGGAGCUGGAGGUCGUCCGGGACAGGUUCCCCUGGGCGCCCCCCCAUGGAGGAAGAGGUGCGCAAGGCUGCAGCCCCGGAUGCUCGCACUUCCCACUGGACGGCGACGAAGGCGGUGGCCGCGCGUGCUCUGGAGGGGGUGGCUCGUGCGGCCUGUAUGGGGGUGUGAGCGGAGGUGACCGGGGCCGGAUAGUGGAGGGCAAGCCGCGCGCGCGGCGGGCCGGCCAGCGGCGGCUGGAGCUACUCUGCCAGGGCUUAGAACUUUAAAUGAGAAUAAAGGGUAUUAUUUACGAGGAAAUGAGAGUGAAUAAGUCAUCUCUAACCUCUUCCAGCCUUGUUUUCAUAAGAGAGACCAUAUUAAACGUACAUGUAUAUAUCAUUGGCUGCUGCUUUGGGGGUUGAACGUCCUUCUUGGUGUCCAUUGUCCCCACGUAGCACGGAGGAACUUCUCUGCACUUCCAAGCAGAUUCCGACUUGCCGUUGUGUCCACGGAUGUCCUGUUUUCAACCUAUUUGAAGACUGCAUCAUCCUGCCUCCAGCACCAGCAGUUUCUCUGUUCUUGAUCAAUGUGAUUCACAGGAACUUUUAAAGUAACAAACGAAAUGAGCCAGGGCCGUGGAAAAUAUGACUUUUAUAUUGGUCUGGGACUGGCUAUGAGCUCCAGCAUUUUCAUUGGAGGGAGUUUCAUUUUGAAAAAAAAAGGCCUUCUGCGACUUGCCAGAAAAGGCUCCAUGAGAGCAGGUCAAGGUGGCCAUGCAUAUCUUAAAGAAUGGUUGUGGUGGGCUGGACUGCUAUCAAUGGGAGCUGGCGAGGUGGCCAACUUUGCUGCGUAUGCCUUUGCACCAGCCACCCUAGUGACUCCGUUAGGGGCACUCAGUGUCCUAGUGAGUGCCAUUCUUUCUUCAUACUUUCUAAAUGAAAGACUUAACCUUCAUGGAAAAAUUGGAUGUUUGCUAAGUAUUCUGGGAUCUACAGUUAUGGUUAUUCAUGCUCCGAAAGAAGAGGAGAUUGAGACUUUAAAUGAAAUGUCUCACAAGCUAGGAGAUCCAGGUUUUGUGGUCUUUGCAACACUUGUGGUCAUUGUGUCCUUGAUAUUAAUCUUUGUGGUUGGACCUCGCCAUGGACAGACAAACAUUCUUGUGUAUAUCACAAUCUGCUCUGUUAUUGGAGCGUUUUCAGUCUCCUGUGUUAAGGGCCUGGGCAUUGCUAUCAAAGAGCUGUUUGCUGGAAAGCCUGUGCUGCGACAUCCCCUGGCCUGGAUUCUGCUGCUGAGCCUUAUAGUCUGUGUGAGCACACAGAUUAAUUACCUGAACAGGGCCCUGGACAUAUUCAACACUUCCAUCGUGACUCCAAUAUAUUACGUAUUCUUUACAACAUCAGUUUUAACUUGCUCAGCUAUUCUUUUUAAGGAGUGGCAAGAUAUGCCUGUUGAUGAUGUCAUCGGUACUCUGAGUGGCUUCUUUACAAUCAUUGUGGGAAUAUUCUUGUUGCAUGCCUUUAAAGACGUCAGCUUUAGUCUCGCAAGUCUGCCUGUGUCUUUUCGGAAAGAUGAAAAAGCAGUGAAUGGCAGUCUCUGUAAUAUGUAUGAAGUUCUUAAUAAUAGUGAAGAGAGCUUAACCUGUGGAAUUGAACAACACACUGCUGAAAAUAUCUCCCGAAGAAAUGGAAAUCUGACAGCUUUUUAAUAAGAAAGAGGUAAUUAAAAGAUUAAUCUAUAAUUGUGUUAUAAAGUGAUUUUGAGUAUCAGAAUGUGUCUGAAAAAGCAUUGUUCUCAAAUAAUGUUCUCUAGAGACAAUCUUUUUUAAGGUUUCACUAAUCUGGACCAAGAAAUUACUUUUCUUAUAUUUAAAUGAUGGUAGCUCACUAAAAUGACCUCAGUACAUGGCCACUUUCUUUUAACAUUGUAUUAUUAUAGAGGUAUUUUAAAUUUUCCUUCACCAAAAUCUAAAUGCACUAAUGACAGUUUUAAGUCUAUAAAAAUGCUUUAUUUUUUCAUUGGUGAUGAAAGUCUGAAAUGUAUAUUUGUCGUGCCCACUCUAUCAAUUCUUGACCAUUUUAAGGCUUUUUGAUUUAAAAAAACAAAAUUAACUCAAUACAUUAUCCUGUAAUUUACCUUACCUGUAAAAAUGACUCCCGUUUGAUGAAUUAUUUUAAUUUUGAAAUGUUAAUUUAAGAGACUCCUAAGUUAUUAAAUGAAGGAAACUCUUUUACAACAAAAACAGAAAAGGUAGGAAAAUACCACACUGAAAUACUUCUCAGGCUGUGAGUUGUCACCGUGAACAUCUGAUGGCCUUCCUAGAUGGCACCUUGUUAAAACAGCGCACCCUUUGUCGGACUACAGCCUGGCUGGUUUUAUUCUUCAGUUACUCUAAUCCCUUGAUGCCUGGAACCUUGAUUACCAUUUUACAUCAGCUCUUGUACUUUUCCAUAUAUUUUCAUAAGGAGUUAUAUUGUCAUUUAGCUCUUCUAACAACUCUGGGAAAUGAAGUCAGAAGACUAGGGUAAUUUCUUAAAUUUAGCUCAUAUUGAAAUAAAAAGACAAAUUGAAACAAAGUUCUUUUCUAAGUCUGAAUGCUCAGAAUAAACAGGAUGUUUGUAAAAUAUGGUUUGUUUGUACCACAUACUUUGCUUUGUUUGGACCACUAUAUAUUUUGGUUUUCAAAAAAAUGUCCAUGAAAAAAAAGUUUACAGAAAACUUCAAAAAUAUGCAAAAAAAGGUAGAGUACUAUAAUUAAGUCUAUGCAGCUUCAAAACCUGUCACUGAUUGAUUGAUUGGCCGCAAAAAUACAACUAAUUUGGGUCAGUAUCUGGGUUGGGCUUGUUUGCAUUCUGCUGCUCCUGCCCGAGGUCACACAGCUUGGCCCACUGUGUAAGUAGCCACCACAGGAGCCUCACUGCCCACUGGCUUUAUCAGGGCAAAGUUAACAGUUUUCCAGUUUCAUGAAAUAAAUUCCAUUUUCCCAGUAUCGUAUCACUGACCCUCUAAGGAGCCUUUGUAGACAUUUUUUUUCUAACAACUAACUAACUGCCUCUCUCCAUGUAAUUUUAACACCACAGAUAUCUCUAUAUUUGUUUAUAUACUGUAUCUAUAUCUGUGCUUUGUAUACAAUAGAUAAAAACCAAUUUUCACUCCCUUGGGUGUGAUAUUGCCCUUAAUGAGA